GUAGCCGGGCAACCGCACACGGCGGGCGGGCGGAGGGCGGCCCCGGCAGCGCCGCGAUCAGGUGGCAGCGCCGAGCCCGAGCCCGGCCGCUGCCCGGCGGAUAAAAGUGCCGCCCGCCGCGGGACGGCAGCCAGCAGAGCGGAGCGACCAGGAGCCGCGCUCAGCAUUGGACGCGUUCUGAGAUACCCCAGCUCCAGCAGCCCACCACCUCCAGGUGCCAGGUGGUGCUUUGGAGCAGCUUGUUCUGGAGUUGACUAAGCGGAGGAAGCUCUUGCUGUCCUUGCACUACCGGGCCAGACAAUCCUUCCUUUGGCUGCAGAUCCCACUGGAUCCCUUCCCAUAAUGGAGGUGUGAGUGCCAAGAUCCUCCAUGACCUCCAGAAGCCACAACUCCUUACCGAGAACUCUGAUGGCUCCACGAAUGCUUUCUGAAGGUGCCCUGGGGGGCAUUGCCCAAAUCACCCCCUCGCUCUACCUGAGCCGGGGCAGCGUCGCCUCCAACCGGCACCUGCUCCUGUCCCGAGGGAUCACCUGCAUAAUCAACGCAACCAUCGAGAUCCCCAACUUCAAUUGGCCCCAGUUUGAAUACGUCAAAGUGCCUUUGGCUGACAUGCCCAACGCCCCCAUCUCCCUGUACUUCGACAGCGUUGCUGACAAGAUCAAUAGCGUGGCGCGGAAGCACGGGGCCACAUUAGUCCACUGCGCAGCUGGCGUGAGCAGGUCGGCCACCCUGUGCAUCGCCUACCUGAUGAAGUACCAUAAGGUGACCCUCUUCGAAGCAUACAACUGGGUCAAAUCGAGGCGCCCCGUUAUACGCCCCAACGUGGGCUUCUGGAGGCAACUGAUAGACUACGAGAGGAAGCUGUUUGGGAAGACGACGGUUAAAAUGGUACAGACACCGUAUGGCAUCAUCCCAGAUGUUUAUGAGAGAGAGAGGAGACCCCUGAUGCCUUACUGGGGAAUUUAAUGAGACUGCAGAUGGGAAGCACAACAGAAGGGACACGUUGUUCCAAGUCAACCAGACUGGAGAUGUUCCCUUCUCUUUCUACAGCCAACUUUGGUUCUUUACCAUACAGCAGAACCUCAACUAAUUCUUCUCACCUCACUAACCCGCAAGGCCAACGGUUCCCUUCAAAGCAUUUCUCUCUACAGGGAUUCCCCCAUCCCAUUUUUCUGAUUUAGCAGAAUGAGAUCUCCUAAGUUUAUUCCUUUCAUAAAGCCUCCCUCUCUUUUUAGUCAGUUUAUUAGUAUCCUAUGAGGAAAGGCCUACGAGGCGUUUGGCGGAGUUAAUGAACAAAGUGCGCUUUGUGAUGCGGUAGCCUGGAUAUUUCUUUAAUAGCUUGUUUGCUUCCUUGCAGAAUCCUGUAGUGGUUUGGGAGCGGCACUAGCACCAGACAGGGAAGUCCAGCUCUUAACAGUGCGGCUUCCAGGAGCAGGGAGGAGGCAGUGCAGGGUUGCGUUGCUAGCGCUGGUGUUUUCUCUAACAUCUGUAGUGACUCUCAGUAUAUAGUGUUUGAGAUCUUUAGUCAGCUCUUAAUCUGUAUUAGAAGUCAAAAAGAAUGAAGUUAGUCCGUGUCAGGCACAAGUAAAAUAAAAUCUGAAUGAUUGGAAUCAAGGAAAUACAAAGUCCUCCUUCACUCAUUCCAUGCCAGGGCAAUAGUCCUGGAAUACACUGACACUUCUGAAAAGUACUGGUGGUGUUCUGUGGCUGGAAAGUAAACCCAAUUCGUGGACAUGUGGCUCAAGGCAGCAGCGGGAGGUUAACCCUUCCUUCCCCCACCGCACAGCCAAGGGGAUGUUUAGGAAACGCUGUGUGCGUGGCCACCUUCCUAAAGGGCUGAGUUGCAUUUCCUAACGCUCAGACAACCAGUGAACUGGAAGUAGGUACACCCAUUUGAGUACUUUGCUCUAGAUACAGUCAUGAUCUGCCUUAGCCCAUUUCUAAAAUACUUCAUUAUGUCCUCAAGGUUAUGUUGCAUUUUAGAAUUGUUCUGCACAAAAUGGCGAUCUGUUUGACCUCCCGGACAGGGAUGGCGGUGCGGAGAAGGCUUUGCCUCGUUCUGUUCAUGAUGAGAAAGAUUUCAACUGAAGAUGUGAGAGAAACCUUCCUGUGGCACCGCUGCCCUCCCUGUGGAUGGAGCAAGUCCUUCCUGUCCUCUGCUGCAUCCCUGACGGAUGAGUAGGCAGAUUGCUGGAUGCUGAGAUAGCUAUCUGAUUUAAAUGAGAUUCUAUACUUGUAAAAAAAAAAUAAAAAAAAUCAAUAAAGAUUAAACUAGAACAUG